UUAAUUUUUUUUUUUUUUGAAAACUUUUUUUUUCUUUUCCUUUACGUUUUUUUACUAUUAUGACUCGUGACUCUUUAGAAAGACUCAUUAAACUGAAUACUUGGUUCAAGGAAAGCGACAUUGUUAUCACCAAAUUACAACAACGACUUCAACUUGAAUUAACUAGUAAAUUGAGUUCUCUUGAACUUGACAUUGCUCUUCGAUAUUGUCAAGAUCGAGUGACAGUCUUCCGAUACCUUCUUGCCACAAACUUUGAAAUUGAAGAAACCUAUCAACGAUUACUUAACAUUAUUCAAUGGAAGGUCGAGGAACAAGUGGAUCAACUUUCUUGGCAACAAUUUCCAGAAUGGUUUGAUAAAGGGUUUGCGUUCUAUCAUAAACACGACAAGUGGGGUCAACCUGUCAUGGUGAUCCGAUUGCGACAUUUUCCGAUGAUCGAUAUGAUGGACAGUAAAACAAGUUUUGUACGACAACUUCAACCUUAUGUGUGUUACUUGAUGGAAUUAGAAAGGCGGUGGACUUUGGAUGAAACACGUAAAAGACAACAACAACAGGAAGAUAUGCCUUUGGUGAUGGAAAUGACAGUAAUAGUAGAUAUGGAUCAGGCGCCUUUCCUUCCUUUAGAUACAACUACCCUUGGAUUACUAUGUGAUUUGAUGCAACAUUAUCCUAAUAUGGUUGGAAAUAUUUUUGUACUGAAUUUUGGAUGGAUGCAUCAAGGUCUUUGGCAUAUUAUCAAGUUUUUCCUUUCAGAUUCGGUAAAGAAUAGGAUUUGUUUUACUACCAAGGAUGAUCUUAUUCAAGUCAUAUCUGAGGAAAAUUUAUUACAAGAUUUGGGUGGAUCUGAUGAUUAUCAAUGGAAUGUGACCUCUAAUAAAGUGAUACAAGAAUUCGACAGGUUGCUGCAAGGUGAUAUGCUUCCUCCUUCUCCAGCUUUGACACCUUUGCAGCUUUCAGAAAUUUCCCUUGACCCCUAUGAUAAUAUUGAACAUACUGAAAUCAUUGAUCCAAUCGAAAUGACAACAAAUGUACAUGAAGAAAAUUAUCCAAUGGAUCACAAUACGAUGGAACAAGAACGUCUGCUAGGGAAUCAUCCAAAGCUACUAAGCUAUUUUGGUAUUGGAAAACAAUGUCAACUUGGAUUACGUACAGGCUCCUCUUUUCUUUCGUCCUAUCUGGAAAAUGAUCUUACUCCAACAAAUACUUACAAAUUGGAACAAGAAAUCGAUUGGAUGACUUGGUCAAUGGAAUCAGAUACUUCAUCAAAGAGAACAAAGCAACGGAUUGAUAUGGCAACACAAACAACCUCUCACAACACAACAAUGGGAUUCGAUACUCGUACAACAUUAUCAAAAAAGAUGACUUUUAAUUAUAUAUGGAAACUCUUACGUUGGAUGUUUUUUUACCUCUUUAUACGGAUUCAUUUUGAAAGUCUGAUCUAUUAUCAAUUGAUGCCAUUGGUAAACCCUCAACACUUGUUAUCUGCCACUAUUGGUAUAUCUGCUAGUAUGUUUAUGAUUCUUGGUCCCUUACUUUUAUCACCUUGAUGACCUUCACUCUCUUCCUUCAUUACGCCUUUUCAUACUCUUUUUUUUUUUUUGAUACCUAUUA